CGAGAGAAGAUCGUGACGCAAAGGGACCGAACUCGAGGUUGGAGUGGCUUUUCCAGGGAUGUAACGGCGCCGGCGGCCGCCGGCCGGCGUCUCCCUACGAGAACACUCGUCCGGUUCUUAGGCCUAAUUGGUUGUCGCCCGGCGCCUUGUCUUGUUCACGAAGAAAGCAGACCUUUCUCGGUUACCACGCCGUUUCGUCUUUUUUUCUAGCCACCCUUUCCAGGCUGGCUAUUAAGAGCGCGUCGCGUCGAGUACCUGUGCCGUUCGCUCGGUUCCAACGUAACCGAGACGGCGACCGAUCUACGUUUUCCGGUAAUCGAGUCCGCGCGUGAAACGUAUCCGUUGUGAAACGUAUCGACGAGAAGAAAGAAAGAAAGAAAGGAAGGGAAGAAGGAGGACGCGCGAGUGGGAAGCUAAAGUCGCGAUCCGAAGAGACCUGAAGAGAUGAAAAGUUUGGUCGGCGAGUAGACGAAGGACGCGAGUAAACCGUGCCGCUGGGUUCGCGUAUCGGGAAACGCGCGAAGCACGCUUAAUUUACCGUAAUAGCUAUUCCGCGUAUCGAAUAGAUAUUUUUAUUGGCGUUCGCUUUCGGUACGAUACGCGUUUAUCGAGUGUCGUGUUUAUCGAGCAUCGUAAAACGAUCGUUAAUGUUUUUACGAAUCGAUAACGAUCGCCAUGGGUUCUCGUAAUAAUGACGUUGCCACGCUGUCUGCCGUCGGAUCGAUAAGAUCUCGAACGAUCUCACGACUCGUUCGAGAAUCACGAAUAGGCAAAGUCCCCUAAUUUAUCAGCCGCGUUCUCGGCCAUCCUACGGGCCCGCGCUCUUCGCCGUCUUCGCGAUUUCCUCUGUCGUACGGAAAAUGCGGCGACGGUGCGUGGCGAUGGCGCGCGUCGCUGAAACUCGUCGAGACUUUGCAAAGUCGGUCGGUAGAGAAGAGGACGACCGGCACGGGGUAAAAUCCGGUAAAAUGGUAUCGAGCGAUCGAGGAGGCGAGCGAGGUUGCGCGCAUCGGCCAAAGACCCGUUACGUCGGAGGACGAGGUAAUUAAUUUAAGCCGCGAACGGCUCGGCACUAGGCCAAUGCAAACACCUUCUUCCCGUGGCCGCACGCACAGCCGCGGCUUAUAACGCCGGAGCGCCGCGACUCCCGGAUAAAACGAUCCUUUGCCACCUUUUUCCUGUCUUUCUCCGUUCGCAUACUCGUCCUUCUCCGCUUCUACUUCUUCUUCUUCUUCUUCUUCUUCUUAUUCUUAUUCUUAUUCUUUUCCUUUUCCUUCGUCUCCUCUUCUUUCUUCCGAGUGGUUUGGCGCGCGCGCGCGCUUUCACACACGCACACGCCAACCUUUCGAUCCUGGAUCCGGGAUAUAACUGUACAACGAGGCUGUCGCGACUUUGAGCCAACUAGCUCGCGACGAGCAAAAGAAACACCGUCGCGAGGCGGAAUUCUCGGCGAUCGAACGCAUAGGCGGAGACCGGACGAAUCGGCGUGUUUGGAUCGUGGCGGAGCACGAACGGAGAAAUCGCGGCGAGGAAUCGCGCGCGAAACAACGACGAUACGAGCCGGCGACGAAAAAGGAGAAGGAACGCGCGCGAUUUAACGAAGCAACGGCGAAUCGUGCGUAUCGCGACGUUAAUUACCAUCCGUAAUUAGCGCGGUGGCGAUCGAGUUUGAACGGAAUUCGCGUCGUCGAUCGACGGCUGCUCGUGUGCCUUGUUUGGCGGCGGGAUGCGCGACGGUGACGAGCGGCGUUCGCAUCGAGACGAAAUCGCCGUGUAAACGAAAAAUUCGAAAGCCACGCGAGGGAGGGGAAAUGGUGACGGAGGGAAGAGAGAAGCAAGAGCCCGGUUUAACGAACCUCUCGAAGCGCGAGAACGACAACGCCGACGAGGAAACGGAGGAAGGCGACGACGGCGACGACAACGACGACGACGUAUCGCGAACGUUAAUUACCACGGUGAGAGCUCGGACGAAAUGCGCGCCACGGUUAGACAACGAUCGCUCGCCGUCCCUCGCCUAUCUCGGAAGGGUGGCGCGCGCGGCCCGAGCUCGUCGCCGCGCCGCGGCAGAUGCAUUAAUCGAACCGGCUUAAAUUAUAGCCGGCCGCUAAUUGCGCUCUUCUCUCGGUCUGUCCGACCGCGAAAGACACGCGGCGUUUCUCCUAGCGAUUGCGCGUGAUUAAACCGUCCCGCUUCUCUCCUUCUUUUCUGUUGAUCUGGUUGGCGUGGUCUCGAUACGCAGCACGGAAAACGAGAUCGAAACGAAAUCGAAGCUGGCCGCGACGGACCGACUAGAACGAGGGAUAGAUAGCGAGACACGACGAGAAGGCACGAGGGGAUCGGUGGGAACCGGAAGAGCAGCGCAGCACCCACCAGUGCUCCCAGCGCGGGACACUCGCGAUAGUUAAAACCGGCCGUAAGGAAUUACGAUGCGAUAAAACGCGUAUCGGUCGGCGUGCUGCCAGAGAUAUCGCGAGCACCGUCGCCGUUGGCAAAGUUCGUCGUCGGUCGGACGGACGGGCGGGCGGCCGCUCCGUCUUUCGACCGCGAAAUCGAAACGCCAAGGACGGGAGACGGCUUUCGCGGUUAGACGCGAAACGCGAAGAACGGCGUGGCGCGUGGUUCGCGUGCUUAGCUUCGAUAUAUCGCGAUUACGUAACUCGAUUAACGGUAAAAUCAACCGUGGUCCGUGCAACGAACCAACGAGUCGCAGAGUUUGGUAAAAAUUGACACGCGACGAGCACGCCGUGAACGCGGCCGCGCGCAGAUCCGUGUUCCUCGACGGUGAAUCGAAAACGGGGGGGAAAAAAAAGAAUGGCGAUGGAAAGAGACGCGCGGCGAUCGCGAGUUCUCGCACGCUACCGCAACCGUCGGAUUAACUCGAUCGGGGGAAGAUCGUAGGAGAGAGCGCGAUAAAAUCGUAGCCGUAGCUGGUCCGGACAAUAAUCGUAACGUCUCGGUCUGGUAGAGGCAAUUCCGGUCCGGUUGGAAUAAACGCGACGAAUCCUUAUCGUUAAUUGGACGAUAAAGGUAAAAAGGUAUCGUCGCGCCGUUUCUGCGCAUCUUCUUACUCGCGCUGUACCGACGAUGUAUUCGGCCGGAUCGCGGUUAUACCCUGGAUCGAUACCUAUACAACGGCGGAAUCCGGUGCUUGACCGGUUUCGACCACUCGAAAGAUCAUCGAAAGAUAUCGCUUUAAACGCGGUCGCGCCUUAAACUCCUCGCGGAAACGGUAAAUACCGUGCGAACGUCGCGACGUCCGUGGCCCUCGGACGUCUCUCUCUCUCUCUCUCUCUCUCUCUGUCUCUCUGUCUCUCUCUCUUUCUCUCUCUCGAUGCUUAUCGACGGUACGAGAGGCUGGACCUCGCGACCAUCGGCUUCCACUUCCGCCGGCAGUCUCGGAAAUUACCGGAGGCGACGAUCUCGAAAACUCGCGGCCCGAUGCCGAGAGUCCGGGCGUACGGGCGUACAGGCGGCGGGUGAACGCGGCCCGACGGACCAUCGUUCUCAAAGUUAAUUAGAAAACAAACAGAAAAUUAACGCGAACCCGGCAGCGAAUCUCUCCGGUCGGCGGCCGUUACUCACGAUUUAUCGUAACUCGUUCGAGUCCGGUCGGUGACCGGUUUAUGCUCGAGAUUGGUCGGCGAUGCGUGCGCGCGCGCUAGAGCAGUCGCGGACGCGAACGCGUUUGCUCGAUCGCCGCUCGAAAAUCAUCGAUACCGGCGAAUCCGUUGGCGUCGCGCGUCGGAUCGACGCGAGCAGGAAGUCGGUCUUUUCCCGCGAGAGCGAAACCAGUUUACCCGAUGCUGCGGCAAAAAUCGUGAAUUAUCGCGUAAUCGCGAAUACGUUUAACCCGUUAACGCAUCGACGUUGAUCGCGAUAGCUCUCUUUUGCUCCGAUUUCCUCUCCUCCUCUUCUCCCUUCUCCCUUCUCCCUUUCUCCCUUGUUUUCCUGAUGGCGCGCCGCUACAGAGCCACGCGAGCGUACCGACGAGACGCGACGUAACCGAACGGCACGCGGAUAUUCGGAGUCGAAAAAUCGAAACUCACGACCGGUUGGGCGGCGAAAAUCUUCCCGACCGUUAAUCUUGAUUUAUGAUAACCGCGACCGCGAUCUGCUCUCGGAGACCGACCGGAUAAUUGGAUCGCGCGUACGCACGUCCCGCAGCGUCCGUUCCUGCUACCGGUCUCGGCCGGCAGCCGUCUGGCCGACCGAUUCGCACGAAACCUCUCUUGCCCUUCGCUCUCCUCUCGCUUCCACCAUCUCGAUUCCACGCGACGUUCCACGAGUCGCGAGAGGCGACCACGCGCGCCAGAUCGCGUGCACGAAAAAGUCGAAAGGUGCUGGCUCGUUCGUCGGCGAAGCGUGGUCCGGUGUCACGCAUGGGAACGCGUCCGCGCGCCUUCGAUCCGUUGGCGAAUUUACGCCGGUGGACGUGAAAUGACCGAUCACGGAACGGCGCGGCCGUACGACGAACCGAGAGCGAGAACGGGAUCGGCAACGGGAGCAAAGUGUCUUCGUGCGAUUCCAUCGCAACGUUUACACGGAACUUCCCGGAUACGCUCGAGAACGGUAGAACCGGUCCGAGACGGUGCAUGCCAGCCGAAUAAUCGACUCGGUUAAUUAGCGCGCGAUCGAUUCCUCUCCGCCGCGUCCAGACCCGAUGAUACGCGCGAUCAUUUCAAAAGCUAGCCCGCCGCGUUCUUUUCCUCUUUCUUUCUCUCCUUCCUCCCUCCACUUUCCCUCCUUUUUGCUCUUUUCCCGCCGUUCGUCCGCCGUCCAACCGAUCUCCGCUCGUUUCAGUUGCCCGAGUCGAGACCGACGCCGAAUCGCGGAAAAUCGCCGCAAUCGCGUUUCCGUCGACACAACGGGCAAACGUACGUGUACGCGUAUCGCGUGCCUCUCUCGCGAGAAGUUCGUCGAACGCCGUUUGCGGCGAUUUUCCGCGAGCCGCCCGUUCCGCGCUGUGGCUUGCUCCGAGCGAAUCAUAGCAGUCGGGGGGAAGCAGGCAGAUAGCAGAGUUUUCAAGCGCGUUUAACCGAGGUCUAAUGCGACGCGCGCGUAUUAUGGCGCGUGUAUUAUGCGGCUGUUGGGCCGACUGGCUGGAUGGCUUGGUCGGAUGGCUGGCUGGUCGGGCGGCUGGUCGACCGCGAGCUCGUGUGCGUGCGUGCAUCGGAUCGGGGCUCGGCCGUGAAAGUGUUGGUGCGUUGAUCGAGCGCCCUCGAGGAGUAUAGAGACAACGGCCUGCCGAUACACCGACCGUGCUUCUCAACCGGAGCCGAGAUCGCCCCUCGGCGCGAUCGCAACGAUUUCGCGGCACGCGACGCGAUCUCGCGACUCGCGCGUCUCGCCGCUUCGAGAUCGUCCGCCGGCCGUGCCAACGGAUGUCGAUUCCGAGGCGAGAUCGAUCGAUCGCCGGUGGCGAAGGACGCGCGUUCCGAGCAACCGUGGCCUGACGCGACAUUCGGUUGGGAACGGCUGAGCCCGCGACGAACGGCGCAACCUUGUUCCCGAGGGAAACGGACAGGAAAAGGAAUCGCGGAGGAACACGAAAGGCGACAAGGCGCGAUGCCGUGGUGUUAGCUCUCGGGGAGGAUGUUCCACGGGGGCGGAAGCAGCGGUUACGGCGCGAGUUCCGAUUACCAACAGCAGUCUCAACAACAGCAACAGCAGCAACAGCAACACGGUCAGCAGCUUCAGGCGCCCGUCUACGUACCAUCUUCGAGGCCGACGAUCCCGUCGGCGGCGACAGCCGCGGCAGCCGCUGCGGCGGCGGCUCAGUAUCACUCGUUCCCCGGUUCUGGCUCGCCAGCUUGGGAGAAGACCGCGGCCUCGUGGCAGCAUGGCGUGGAGACGUACGCCGCGCACCACGCGCUCGCUGGCCACGCGAGCGGAUCCGCGGCCGCGGCUGCGGCUGCCGCCGCCGCCAUGGGUCCGCAUUCUGGCCACGCGCACCCACAUCCGCAUCCGCACGCGGCCCAUCCGCACACCGGACACCCUCACUCGAGCCUCGCCGCGGCCGCCCCCUUUUACGCCCAAAACGUCGCCAUGAUGUCCUCCUGGCGAGCCUACGAUGGAGCUGGAUUUCAACGGGCCUCUCCUUACGACACCGCGAUGGAUUUUCAAUUUGGCGAGGGUCGCGAGUGCGUUAACUGCGGAGCUAUAUCGACGCCUCUUUGGAGGAGGGACGGCACCGGGCAUUAUCUGUGCAACGCGUGCGGACUCUAUCACAAGAUGAACGGAAUGAACAGGCCGCUGAUAAAGCCGUCCAAACGGCUGACAGCAACCAGGCGUUUGGGCUUAUGCUGCACGAAUUGCGGUACCCGCACCACCACUCUAUGGAGGCGCAACAACGAAGGCGAACCUGUUUGCAACGCUUGCGGGCUCUACUUUAAGCUGCACGGCGUCAACAGACCUCUCGCGAUGCGGAAAGACGGUAUUCAGACGCGAAAACGAAAACCGAAGAAGACGCCCGAGUCGAACGCCAGAUCGUCCACGGUGGAUCACGAAACUACCGCCGUUUCGGCCGCUUCUUCUCCGUCCACGGAAUUGAAGGGUAGUCAACAGCAACAACAGCAACAGCAGCAGCAGCAGCAGCAGCAACAGCAACAACAACAGCAGCAACAGCAGCAGCAUCAAAUCGAGGUGUCCAAAUCGACCGCCGGUGGCGCGUCCAGUUCGUCGGACAGACCAGUCUAUCUCGGGCAUACGUCUCUAUUGGCGACCGGAAGCGUAGCUACCGUGAAAACCGAACCGCGAAGUUGCGACGGCAUUGUCGGUCAGCCGUACUCCUCGUAUUACCAGCAUCCUCAUCAGCUCGGGGUGGCGACCAGCGAGCAUCAACAGCAAACGUACUACGGGAGCCAAGAAGCUCCCUAUCAUCAUCAACAUCACGUUACCGCGGCUGCCAAGUUGUUAGCCUCCACGUAAUUUGAUCUCAACGUCGAAGAAUCGACGGGACGAUUUCCGCGAUGCGCCACAAUCGCCGACGCGAAACGGACGACGAACGCGUUCGUUCAUCGUUGUUCGUCGUCGUCGUGUGUUGCUCGUUUCGUCGCAUUUCGUUUUCCGUUUCUCGCUUGUCCGUUGUCGUUCGUCGUUAUUACAUUGCCGCGUACGCAACGAACCGUACGCCACCGAUAAGCGAACCAGCGGAAUGGAUAAGCGAGGUUUAUGCUUUCGUCGAUCGUUCGUCGACGAUUCGCCGCCGUAUAUUUAGUUUUCUCGUCGUCUUCGUCCCUCGAAAAGAGAAAAAGGAAACAUCGUCGCGACCACACUAGGUGCUAUCGACCGACUUUCAUCGAUUUCGGCGUCGUGACACGGUCGUCCUGACACGUUUGACGCUUACGUUCGUCGAACGGUAUACAUGUAUUCGCCAACGAAAGGUACUCGAUUGUAAAUAAAAAUCGCGAGUCGAUUCGUAAGCUAGAUUUCUACGGUAGACUAGUUUUAGAGGCGUGUCGACGAUUUGAUCGACCGAUAGAGCGCAUGGAACGCGGCGAAUCCAAGGCGCGCGAACGACCUAUCCGCUUCGAAGAAAUGUCAGCUUUUUUGUACAGUUCCUGUAUGAUUAGUUUUCCGACGCGCAAUAAAGAGAAUAGCUUUCGA